CAGAGCCUGUGGUAUAAGAUCCGGGCCAGGACGCAGUCUCAUCCUUGACCCGGGGUCUCCUUUGGACAGAAGAGGAAGGUCACAGCCGCCAUGGAGCCCAAGGUGAUCGGUGUCCUGGUCCUGGUCUUGGCGCUGGCCCUCAGCAGCCCGGCGCGGGGCGAGGGCGACACGUGUCAGGUGGAGCCCCAUGCCAGAGUGAACUGUGGUUUCUCCGGGAUCACAGCCGAGCAGUGUGAAAAAAAAGGCUGCUGCUUUGACACCAAAGUCACUGGAGUCCCGUGGUGCUUCAAUCCUGUGGCCGUUGAUGACCCCACAGACAACGAGGAGUGCCUCCUUUAGAUGCUUCUCCGGUGGGCAUCGCCUCAGGAGAGGGAAGAGUCUCUGCCCAGAGCGCCCGGAGCCCAGCGCCAUCUCCGGCCGGACGUCUCAGGUCCUCGGAGCCUGAACUCGCUGUCUGGAUGGACUGCUUUGAUUCCCACACUCAAGAUUAGCCUGAAAAUAAAGAGAUGAAUGUUA